ACUAAUACGAUAAAAUAAAAUCCAUACUUUGUCAAAAAAAGAAUCUAUAUAUACAUGGCCCAUGCAAACUCACCCUCCAUUGCAUUGCAUCAGAACAAACACAAACACAAUCACAUGGCUUCCUCACUUUCGUUCCUAACUACUUUGCUUCUCUUUACGGUUAUCUCUACCGUUAAAUCCUGCCCGCCGUCAGACCGGGCAGCCCUCUUAGCCUUCAAAGCUGCCCUCACAGAGCCAAACUUUGGCAUCUUUAACACCUGGUCAGGCUACGACUGUUGCCGGAACUGGCACGGCGUCAGCUGCAACCCCACCACAUGGCGCGUUACAGACAUCAACCUCCGCGGCGACUCCGAGGAUCCAAUCUUCCAGAGCCUUCAUAAGUCCGGCUACAUGACCGGAAAAAUCUCGCCGGAGAUUUGUAACCUUGACAAACUUUCCACUCUCAUCGUUGCUGACUGGAAAACCAUUUCUGGCGAAAUUCCUUCUUGUAUUUCCUCUCUUUCCUCACUCCAAAUUCUUGAUCUCACCGGAAACAAAAUCUCCGGCGAGAUUCCGGCAGACAUAGGGAAACUCCAGCGAAUCACUUUGUUGAACCUCGCCGACAAUGUUAUCACCGGUGAGAUUCCGCCGUCAAUCGUUAAACUUGCCGGCCUCAUGCACCUCGACCUCAGCAACAAUCAAAUCGCCGGUGAGUUACCCUCUGAUUUCGGAAAACUCCGUAAACUGAGUCGGGCGUUGCUGAGUCGAAACCAACUCACCGGUUCGAUUCCCAAUUCAGUGUUGAAAAUGAACCGGCUUGCUGAUUUGGAUUUGUCUUUGAACCGGAUAACCGGUUCGAUUCCGGCUCGGCUUGGAAAAAUGCGGGUUCUUUCUACGCUGAAACUUGAUGGAAAUUUAAUGACGGGUAACAUACCUUCGACUUUGUUAAAGAAUACGGGUAUGGGUAUUUUGAAUUUGAGUCGAAACGGGUUUGAAGGUACCAUACCUGAUGUAUUCGGGUCAAAAUCUUAUUUUAUGGUUCUUGAUUUAUCGUUUAACAAUUUAACGGGUCGGAUACCCGGUUCGUUAUCAUCAGCGAAGUUUAUGGGCCAUUUGGAUCUAAGUAAUAACCAUCUUUGUGGAACUAUUCCAAUCGGGUCUCCUUUUGAUCAUCUCGAUGCGGCGUCGUUUAGUAACAAUGAUUGUUUGUGUGGAAACCCGUUGAAGACUUGUUAAUGUGAAACCCCAAAAAUUAUUGAGUUUGUUUAUUUAUUCGAUUAUUGUUAUUAUUACAGUGAAGCAAGCUUAAGUGUAAUUUUGAAUUUGAUGUAAUAUGUUUUUGUCAUGUAAUGUGAUCUUGUAAUAAUAAUGUAAUAUUAUAAUGGACAAAAGAUAUGAGAGCAGAUGCACAUGCUACUUUUGCUUGCAUGUGCAUACAAGUAGACAUAGGUCAAGCAAAGAUCGAAUAUUGUUAUUUUGCAUGUGAGUUUCAGAGCUUAGCAACGUGCAUCAUUUGGAUUAUGAUUCCGUA